UCAGGAGGUAUGUCCAAAAUGUAUGGUAAGGUGGUGGUAUUGAAGAGAGAUGGUCAGGAUGGAGCCAGUUUCCCAAUGCACACCAAAUCUAUCACAAUCGGAAGGAUGCCAGAAUGCGACAUCAGAGUGCAGUUGCCGACUGUGUCCAGACGCCACUGUAGACUGAGUGUGAAUUCCAACCAGCAGGUGCUCCUCACCAACCUCAGCAGUGUCAACCCAGUACAACUUAACGGAAAAACGAUCAAGCAAGAGGCACCAGUAUACCACGCGGACAUCGUUCAAGUGGAUGACAGAUUCUUCAGGUGCGAGAUAGAAGAUUCUUCUUACUCAUUCUUCCUCUAUAGGCCGCUAUAAAAGAUAUAUAUGUGCCAAUGCUCGAAGGAGGCUAGUCGAUGGAUGAAUCCGUUUUUUUUGUGCUGAAAAAGAAAUAGUUCGUUGAUUUAGGCUAACAAUGUUGAUGUGAUUCAUCAGUCAGCUAACAAUUCGGCGUGGAAUGAUAGAAAGAGCGAUAUUGAAAAUAGCCAUACUACAGCAAAUUUUCCACGCCAAAAAUAUUGCAGGGUAUUUUUUUGAGAAUUCGCAAAAUCCAAUGUCUUGCUCUGAUAGAUAGCAACAGAAAUUGACAACUUGCCUGGAAACUAAAUUUCGGUUGGGCAAA